AUGGGCACGACUCCAUCCCAGGAUGAGCCCCGGCCGGCUUCCUCGGCGCCACAGCAUCAGAGGCGAAGCCUGCUGCCCCAGGGGGUCGUGGAACUCCUCGUCCCUCCCUUCAAGGUGGCCGCUGGGUGCGGUACGGCCGGUGUCCUGGCCGGAGUCGGGGCAGCCGUUGCCAGGGACACGAACCCUUACAUGAGCGGAUUUGCUUCGGGUACCCAAUUCUUUACUCUCGGAUACAGUUACUGGUUCGCCAGGACAGUGGCGAUUAGAUCGUGGGGAGGCGAGGAAGGGAUGAGACCCGUCGACAAAAUCACGGUCAGCGCCACGGCAGGCUCGGCGGCCGGUGCAGUCGCGGGCUUGAUGCGUGGCCCUGCCAAAAUCCUACCAGCCAUGAUAUUCUGGGGGGUUCUCGGUGCCGGCGGACAGUCCGUUGUCAAUCACUUUGGCUCCAAGCCCAAGGGCACGGGCGACAAAGAGGGCUGGCUUCGAUGGAUCCCUCUCAAGAAGCUCACAGAUGACGAGUACAUGGACAUGAUGAAUGAGAAGCUCUUGAGGGUCGAGGCAGACAUUGCACUCAUCGACGAGAGAAUAGCAGAGCUUGCGGUAGCCGAGAAAGCAGAGAUGCGGCGUCAGGACGUCUCGACGAGAAAAUGUACGAGGCUCUGA